UCAGGUGCGCAUGAAGAGUGCGCCGAGCACUUGGUAGCACAUUCAGUGAACAGAUUUUUGUUUUUGUUUACACGGGAAGUAGAUGGGCGCUCAACUAAUGACGCACUAGAGAUUCAAACAGCUCUUAGAAAGUUUGUGUUGUUCAAUGCUGCCAGGGUAUCGAUUGACUGUUGGCAUCUACUUAAACCUCUACUUCGAACACAGAACCGUACAAUGACCAAACAAGAGAAAGAAAGCUAUGCUUGGUUCCGAGUGUACAACGUGAUCAAUCCAUGCCUUCCCUCUAUCGGUGGAACUAUGAGAUUACUGCGCAAAAGGAAAACAUUAUGUAUCGUCUUGGUGGUACUCGCUGUAUUCUUGUCUUUGAUGUUGAGUCAUACGAUCGUCCUGGACCUUUCUGGUGCCAUCAGGAUACAGGAUCUCAGCCCCAGGAAUGUGAUGGGUCACAUCGGAUACAUCGGCGUCGGCUUGACGCAGCCCAAGGAGUGCAAGCCCGCGCGCAACGUGGCCUUCGUGAAGACCCACAAGGCCGGCAGCACCACCAUCGCCAACAUCCUCAUGAGGUACGGCAUGGCCAACGACCUGAACUUCGCACUGCCCAACACCAAGCUGCAUUCGUAUGGUUAUAACUACAUCUCCCGAGCAGGCGAGGUGUUGACGAGAGACUUCAUUAUUCCGCUUCCGGCAGGGCAGGAAUACAACAUCCUGUUCAACCACGCCAUUUACAACAGAACAGCCUUCCGCCUCAUCAUGCCUAAAAACACAACAUAUAUCACCAUACUGAGGGAACCCUUUCAGCAAUUCGUAUCCACCUUUGAGUACUAUCGCGUGGAAAAGUAUUUCGCCAAAAGGGGUUACCAAAUUCCAGAAUCAGAAAAUCCUAUAUCAACUUUCCUCAAAAACCCAUACUUGUAUGACAGAAGCACUGCUUUGUUUUCCUAUAUAAGGAAUAAGCAGUCUGAAGAUCUGGGUUUAAACAGACAGCAUUAUAAAAACCCAAACCAACUUAAAGAAUAUAUUGAGGCUAUGGAUAAAGACUUUACCCUGGUGAUGAUCCUGGAGUAUUUCGAUGAGUCGCUGCUCCUUCUAAAGCACGCGCUCUGUUGGAGCAUAAAGGACAUCCUGUACAUCACCCACAACGUCAACUACAAAAAACCCAAGCGGAACUUCACGGACGCUGAUCUUGCCAAUCACCGGAAGAUGAGCCACCUGGACUACGAGCUCUAUUCCCACUUCUUCAGAAAGUUCUGGGACAAGCUUCAGUCCCAAGGGGACGACUUCUUCAAAGAGCUGGCCCACUUCAAGUCUCUACUCCACCGCGUCAACCAGAGCUGCUACGCCCGGCGGAGUUUCCACGUAAAAAAAACGAAAUGGCACAGCAGUUUCACCGUCAACAAGACAGACUGCAGAAUUCUGAUGCUGCCCGAGCUCGUCAGUCUAGAUCUUCUUUACAACAGGACCAGCCAAAAGUUUAAAUUAGCACCGAAUCUGAAUUACGUUGUACGGUACGGCAGGAAGAACCAAGCGGCCCAGACAGAACGUUUAACUGUGAAUGCAACCGGUACCUAAUUUUAUGUGCCGGUAUUUUUAAAAGUGAGCCACACUUCCAGUGAUGUCUUGUUUACUUUCUUUCUUAAUCACAGUACACUCAAAAGUGUUCAAUCCAAAGUGUUUUACUAAGAAGGUAAAAUUAGAAAAAAAAAAAAGGGAGAGAA